GGAUGACACUUCGAUCUUGAUCUUGCACUGCCGGAAUGCACAAAGUAAAACCAAGCAUUAUCUCUUAUCGACCGAUGUUGCGUGCGCACUACCCAGAUAGGUAAUCACUGUCUAUUAAUUCAACAUGUGAACAAUCUCGUGUUCUACUGGUCUUCGUACCGUAUAUUUCAAUUCUGCUGCCAGAAACUUGUAAUGGCGACCGCAGAAACGAAAAAAACUGCCAUUGUAGUGGGUGCGGGGGUCGGUGGCAUUGCAACGGCAGCACGAUUGGCAAAAGCAGGCUUCUCUGUCACAGUACUUGAAAAGAACAGCUUUACGGGCGGUCGAUGCAGUUUAAUUCAUCAUGAUGGAUAUCGAUUCGAUCAAGGGCCUUCCCUUUUACUUCUACCCAAGAUGUUCAAAGAAACAUUCCAUGAUCUCGACACUUCACUCGAAGACGAAGGGGUGGAGCUACUCAAAUGCGAGCCUAAUUACAAUUUGUGGUUUGGAGAUGGAGAGAAGUUUGAACUUAGUACGGAUGCGAGUGUAAUGAAACGAGAGAUUGAGAAAUGGGAAGGAAAGGAUGGGUUUGAAAGAUACUUGCAAUGGCUUGGAGAAGCUCAUCGACACUACGAAUUGAGUGUGCGAGAGGUUUUGCAUAAGAACUUCACAUCGAUAUUCAACAUGCUACGGCCUAGUUUUCUUCUCAACGUUUUUGCUCUUCAUCCUUUCGAAAGUAUAUAUUCUCGAGCUUCCAAAUACUUUUGGACAGAGAGGUUAAGGCGAGUUUUUACCUUCGGGAGUAUGUAUAUGGGGAUGUCUCCAUUCGAUGCUCCUGGCACAUAUUCUCUUCUUCAAUAUACGGAGCUCGCUGAAGGCAUCUGGUACCCGGUGGGUGGAUUUCAUGCUGUCGUUGAGGCUCUCGUCCGCAUAUGCGAGAGAUUAUGUGUCGAUAUACAACUCAAUUCACCAGUCGAUUCGGUAUUAACGUCCCACGACGGCAAGACUACAGCAGGAGUUCUUUUAUCUUCCGGCAAAAAGCUUAACGCAGAUCUCGUCGUUAUUAAUGCUGAUCUCGUCUAUGCCUACAAUAAUCUAUUCCCGACGUCCAAGUCCACGUCGUACGCAAAAUCCUUACAGAAACGAACGGGCUCUUGCAGCUCCGUUUCUUUCUACUGGGCUCUCUCCAAGCAAGUUCCACAACUUGAUACACACAACAUAUUUCUCGCAGAUGAAUAUCGCGAAUCGUUCGACUCUAUCUUUGAUAGGCAGUCCAUUCCUGAAGAGCCUUCGUUCUAUGUGAACGUACCCUCGAGAAUUGAUCCCACUGCCGCCCCAACAGGUAAAGAUUCCAUUGUAGUUCUCGUUCCUGUUGGUCAUCUUCUCAAUUCAGCUACGUCCAAUCGUCCUCAGGGCGAUAGCUCUGCCACGUCUGGUACUGGUAUUCCAAAAGAACAAGACUGGGAGUCUAUCGUAAAGUCUACUCGCCGAAGAAUACUGCAAACGAUAGAAUCACGAACGAAAUGUGAGCCGAUUGAAUCAUUGAUUGUUCAUGAAGAACUAAAUACGCCUACAUCAUGGGAAUCACGAUUUAAUCUAGAUAAAGGAUCCAUUCUCGGGCUUUCUCAUUCUUUCUUUAAUGUCCUCGCAUUUCGACCCAAGACCAAACAUCCCGAGAUCAAGGGUGUGUAUUUCGUAGGUGCAUCCACGCAUCCAGGAACCGGUGUACCUAUCGUUCUGGGCGGUGCAAAGAUUACAAGUACACAAAUCCUGGACGACUUGAGGGUGGAGUGCCCAUGGAAAGAUAAAAGCAAUGUGGUUUCCGAUGAGGGGGUGAUACAAGGGAAAGGGACAAAAAAUCUGGAUAUAAUUGUUAGACAAGGAACGAUAUCAAGUAAUUCUGGGGUUUUCAUCUUGGCUUUAAUAGUGUUGAUAUUUACGACGGGGUACAUUAAUGGUAAUUUGGGAAUUUCGUGGGAUGGAGAGACGAAGAGAACAUGGGAAAGUGAAAAAGCGUUGUAAUUGCCAUCACAAUUCUAGAUAUCCAUCUUUUUGUUGUCGGAUUCAUUGUCAAGGUCAUCAAAAUUGAUUGAUAAGUUAAGUCAAGAUACGGUUAUUACCUGUGUAGUUUCUAGCGGACCGCGAAGUCUAGUGUCGAUAUCUAGCGGACCUCUUCCGGACCUAGAAUGGUCUCCUCUUUUGUCUAUAGGUCGUUAUGUCAUCUCGUCAUAAGUUCGAAUGUGAGUCAGCCCACUCAACUGCCAUCCGGAUUAGCAUUGGUCUAAUAAGUGUGUGAAUAUCUAACGUUCAAUUUCUUUUUGAUCAGAUGUUCAACCCCUCAGUUGCCAAAAGGCUCUCAGAAUGCUCUAUCUUCA